AUGACUCCAAGGCAGCCACACUUCAGAAAAGCAGAGCCUAGAGUGAAUGGGUGCAGACCUGCAGACUCAGUAGUGACAUCUGUGGUCCUGCACACCCUGCAGGGAGCUCUGCUAGAGAGUGUCCUCUUCCCCGGCAACAGCAGUUGGUUAUGUGAGCCCCCACCUGUUGUUCCCACCACCGACUGUCGACUGCCACUGCUCAGCCAUCACGGACCUUCUGGAAAUGGCUGGCCCGGGGCGGUGGAGGCGGCGCCGGAGGCGGGAGUUGGCGGCCUUGGCGUCCCGGGCAGCGGGCCCCGUCCGCAGCCAGCGCGCUCCGCCGUCCUCCCUCGCUUGUCUGCUAUGCUCAUAUUUGGACUCGGCCGCCCGUGCCCAGGAAUUUCCCGUCAUGCCUCCCGCCGCCCCGUCUGUCGCCCAGAGCCGGGAGGGAGGAGGGAUCGGACAGCGGUGGCUCCUCUUCCCCGGAGUGCGCGGUGGACCCUCCCGCGCCCAAUCGCGCUCUGCCUCGGCCUCUGCCUAGCUGCGGUCGCGGCCACUACGCCGCGCGCUGUUGCUGCUGCCUUUGCCUCCGGGUGUGUUGCUGAGGAUACCACAGCGAUGUCCGCCUUCAACCUGCUGCACUUGGUGACGAAGAGUCAGCCCGUGGCCCUGAGAGCCUGUGGGCUCCCCUCAGGGUCAAGUAGGGAUAAGAAGAACUGUAAGGUGGCCUUUUCCCAGCAGGAACUGAGGAAGCGGCUGACACCCCUACAGUACCACGUCACUCAGGAGAAAGGAACAGAAAGUGCCUUUGAAGGAGAAUACACCCAUCACAAAGAUCCUGGGAUAUAUAAAUGUGUUGUCUGUGGAACUCCGCUGUUCAAAAUGAAGGGGGUGAGAGAUGAGAAGCAGAACAGACUAACUAGGAAUGUUCUGAGGAAAGUCGUAGGGAGACUGAUGCCCAGGUACGAGAACCUCAUUCACGGCCUUCUUACAAACCAGACGUCGUUACAGGAAACUUUCAACAUGAACCCUUUGCCCUCCGACACAGCGGAGUGCCUGUGUGGCAGGGAAGAUGGGGUGAGUGGGAAGAUGGAGUUGCCCGUUGUUCUCUAUGAGAUCUCGCUUCCCCGACACCGUUAG